AUGGAGGUGCAGUUAGUUCGUCAGGGUUUUGGUUUUGAUUAUGUCCGUAAAAGAAAGAAAUGGAUCUUCAUUUUGUGUGCUGUUGGGUUCGGUGGGUUCAGCGCUUACAAGCUCUAUCACGCGCCUUCUGUGGUUCGUAAGAGAAAGAGGCUUUCGAAGCUUCUGGCUGCAUUGGCUUCCGUAGCGGAGGCCGUAUCCGAAUCUGCAGAUACCAUUGGAAUCGUAUCCAGAGACGUCAAGGAUUUUCUGCAGUCCGAUUCAGAUCAAAUCCCCAAUAGCUUGAAGCAAAUUUCCAAGAUUGCUCGCUCCCAACACUUGUCGGAGUCCUUGGUUACCGUUACCAGUGCUGUCACCGUCGGAGUCUUGCGCGGUUAUCAAUCUAUGAACCGGACUGGGGGUGAUCAAACCGGUUCAACCGUCGUGGAUCGGGUGCUUGACAAAAUGCUUACACCAGCUGGGUCGGGUUUUGCUUCCGUCGUUCUUGGAAGCUUUGCUAGGAACCUGGUUCUUGCGUUUUAUUCGGAUCAACAUACCCGUGGGGAGUCCAACUCGAGUAAUGGGACUAGUGGUGUCGCACAUGUUGGAUCCAAUUCGGAUCCUGUUCUUGCUUGGGUGGAUGUAGUUUGUGGAGAUAGGUGUGGGGAACUAAUUGGGAAUUGUGUGCAAUUGUUUGUGAGCACCGCGGUUGCGGUUUAUCUUGACAAGACCAUGCAUAUCAACACCUAUGAUGAUUUCUUUGCUGGCUUAACUAACCCGAAACAUGAGACCAAUGUGAGGGAAAUGUUGGUUUCUGUUUGUAAUGGUGCCGUGGAGACUCUCAUCAAGACGUCUCACAAAGUAUUAACAAGUUCUGGUGCUGAUGUUGGUUCGGGUUCGGGUUCAUAUUUGGCUAUUAGAAAAACUCUGAUAAAUGAGGAUUUGGGUGGAGGAAUGUCUUCGAUUCAAUCGAAGGUUGAUGAUGAUUAUGAUGAAGAAAAUAAGAGUGGCUGGGUGAACAAGAUUUCCUCAACUUUGGCGGUUCCCAGUAAUAGGAGGUUUGUUCUUGACAUGACCGGAAGGGUGACAUUUGAGACUGUUAGGUCGUUCAUGGAGUUUGUUUUGCAGAUAUUUUGUGCUUCAGUGACGAGAUUUGUUCAUGUUGUUCAAGAGGCAGUACUUGAGAUUGUGAGAUAUGUUGCAGCGAAAUCCUCUGUUAUUGUGGCUAUAUGUCUCUCGUUGUGCUUGCACAUAAUGGGUGGAGGCUGGGCUUUGGUGCCUGCUUAA